AUGAGCGGCAGCAUCAACAUGCCUGCCGCCUCAGCUCCCUUCCGGCCGUGGGCGGACCUCGACGCCGGCAUCGUCUCCAGCAUCACCGCAUGUUGCGCGCUCAGGGAGUACGCCUCCUGCCGCAUUGUCUGCGGCGCGUGGCGCUCCGCGCUCCCGCCGCUGCUCUCACGGCUCCUCGCCGUGCUCCCCGCCGACGACACCGCGGGCCAGCCUGUGUCGCUCGUAGCCUGCUCCCACCUCGCGCGGCGCAGGGCCAGGCUCCUGCACGGCGACCAGCUACACCGGUCGAGUCCGACCGGGACGACCGGCGCGGCCGCGGGCUGCCGCUGCGUGGGUGCCUCGCGCGACGGGUGGCUCGCCCUCGUCUCAGGCGACGCCGAGGCGCCCGCGGGGCCGCUGCUGUUCAACCCAUUCACGGGCGAGGAGAUCCCGCUGGACCCGGAGCUUUACGAGCCCGCACACGAGCCGGCACCCAAGAUCGUUUUCUCGCCGAACCCCACGCCGCUCGACUUCACCGCGGUGAGCCUGUGCCGGCUCAACAGGGUCGUCGUGCAGAGGGCGUCCGACGGCUGGUCGCGCAUCGAGGACACGGACCCGCUCCUAAAUAGGGGCUAG